AAGGAUGUGUGCUGUGGGAGUGGGCAUGGCUGCAUCAAGGUCUUCUCUCUGUUGCUGCAGGGAUGGGGAGGACGAGCAAGAAGGAAAAGGGGAAGGUGAGGCACACGGUGCACGUGCAGGUGGGGGAAGACAUUGUGGUGAUAGAAGAUGAUGAGGAGGAUGAGGAAGACGAGCUGGGGCAUGGCGAAGGCUCAGAAAGCUGGGAGGGACACAAAGCCAGGCAGGGGUUGCAAGAAGGUGAGCAGGGAAGCACAAAAGGUGGCGAAAGAAAGCUGCGGGUGAAAGCCAAACGCAGGAAGGGAGCAUAUAAAUGCAAUGAGUGCGGGACAACGUUCAAUUGGAGGCAUAACUUGGUCCGUCACCAGCGCCUGCACAUGGGCGAGCGGCCCUACAAGUGCUCUGAGUGCGGGAAGGGCUUCAAUGACAGCUCCCCACUGCUCAUCCAUGAGAUGCUCCACCGGGGAGAGAAGCCUUACAAGUGCCUGAGCUGCGGGAAGAAAUUCAUCCAGAGCUCCCACCUCAUUGCCCACCAGUCCGUGCACACCGAAGAGAAGCCCUACGUGUGCCCUGACUGUGGGAAGCGCUUCGCCCGCCACCAAUACCUCAUCAUGCACCGCCGUGUCCACACGGGUGAGAGGCCCUAUGAGUGCCAGGACUGCGGGAAGAGCUUCCGCAAGAGCUCUGACCUCGUCCGCCACAAGACAGUGCACACGGGUGAGAAACCCUACAAGUGCCCCGUGUGCGGGAAGGCUUUCACCCAGAACUUCCGCUGUAAUGCGCAUAAAAAGGUCCAUCUUGUGCAGAAGGUUGACCAGCAGGAUUCCCUAUCGCAGGACACCCAGCAGAGCAGCUCUGAGACCACGAUCUCACCAGCAGGUGCUGGUGGCCACAAAGAGAAACCCCAACCAGUUGACUCCCAGCAGGCAGAAGCAAAUGACCCCAGCGUGAGGAUGGAGGAAGGGGCUGCGUGCCAGGAUCCCGAGCAGGAUGAGGCCCUAAAAGCGCAGGCAGAAGUGGAGCCAUGCCCUGGGCAAGGGCAGGAGGAGCUGGAUGUUCCUGAAGGCACUCUGGAGAAUCCCAAGGAGUCGGGUGUCCAUCCAAGUGUCUGUGUUGAAGGGCAGACAUACGAGUAUGCCAACUGCAGGAAAACCUUUGACUGUAGCAGCAGCCUGAGCCAACACCAGCAGCUGCAUGUGGUGGAGCAGCCCCACAGGUGUCCCAAGUGUGGGAAUAGCUUCGGUGACAGCUCUGACCUUGCUUCCCACCAGCUGGAGAAGUGCUGCAAGUGUCCCGACAGUGGGAUAAAACUCGGUGACAGCACCAAGCUCCGAAAGCAGAGCUCGGUGCACAAACCCGAGAAAUUCUAUCUCUGCUCUGACUGUGGGAAGUGCUUCAGUCGCCGCUCCAACCUCAACCAGCACAAGAAGCUCCACACUGGGGAGAGACCCCACAAAUGCCCCGAGUGUGGGCUGAGCUUCACCAACACUUCACACCUGAUUGUUCACUACCGGAUCCACACUGGGGAGAGACCUUACAGGUGCCACGAGUGCGGGAAGGGCUUCACCAUGAGCACCAAAUGCCUGAAGCAUGAGAGGACCCACAUGGGAGAAACUCCCUACAGGUGCUCCAAGUGUGGGAAUUGCUACAGGACCAAGAUCUCCCUAAUGUCCCACAUGAGGAUGCACAUGCAUUAGGAUGCAAGAGGAGCAGACUGUGCCCUGCAAGGAGAAUUUGCUAUAAGGACAAGCUUCGGGUGAUGCUCCAGCACCAUUUGGGACAGGGUUCUUCUUUCCCAAGCCUCUCAGAAGCAGAGAAACGGGGCCGAAGGCAAAGCACAGGGAGUCCCCCUUGGAAAGUAUCCUCCCUGCUGCGUCUCCUCUUGUUUGCAGCAGGUCUGUGCGGCUCCUGAAGCCUUUGCAGGGCUGGGAGACCUGCAGGGAGAUCAGCACGCUGGAAAUCUUUAUCAAAGCUGUCCUCCUGGCAACAGUGAUGCUGUUCCCCAGGGAUGCUGGAAGUCAUGCCGGUCCUCCCACAUGAGACAGAGGAGGCAGGGACGCCUGGUGAGACAUCUGCAGCAGAAGGAUCACAUUCAUUGUCUGAUCAAGCUGACCUCAUUGGGCUUUUCUGGGCCAAAAAAAAAAAAAAAAAAAAAAAAAAAGAUUGCAAGUCCUUCUACCCCCCCCCCCAUUUUCAGGCUGGGCUUAAUGCUCACAAGCAGCGCUCAAGCAUUCAGUGAUGGAGGAAUUGUUGAAAUCUCAGGCAGUGGGGGGGGAUUUUCUUGCUCCAUGGAGGGAGGGGGAUGCCAUUUUUUUACCCUCUUUGUACCAAGCAAAGGGUCGAAUGUUCUUCUUUUCACUAUCAUUGUUUUACGUUUAGAUUUUAUUUUUUUUUCACUUAAUAAAAUCCUGAUGAUUUUCCUUGUGAAGUGUGGGCAGCACAGGCUCAGCAUGGGGAUGGAGCCGGACUGCUCUGACCCAUUUCUGGGGGUGCAGAGGGGAGGAGAUGCAACCUCUGGGGUUGGGGAAUUGCUGGGGAAGCAGGCCAGGGCUUGGGGUGGGCAACUUCAUGCAAACCCACACUGAUUUCUUCCCUGUUCAUGGCAGGUUCACCCAACUUUGUUCCAUCGCACAAGUUUGAACACCACAUCCUUACACCACUCUGUCCUAGGUUCCUGCCCCUCUGUGGCAAGGACCCAGUGCUCCCACUGUACGUUGAAUAUUCAUGGUGAUUUAUUUCAAGCUGGGUUUAGUCAGAGCCAGGCAAAGUGGGUGGAAAAGCCCUUAUUUUUGGUCUAUGCAUAUAAAACCCCCUCUCUGAUUGGUAUCUUUAGGACAAAGCCUGAGCAGAAAUUCUGAUUUCCCCUAAAAGAGUUUGCUGUGUGUGCACCUCAUGAUUUUCCACCUCCUUUUCUUAAGGACUUACUCAUCAAAAGUCAGUUUGCUGACUGCUAGGCUGUUGAGGAGCAACUGAAACUCAUCUUUAAAAAGAAUAAAAUUGUUUUUUAGUCC